AGUUGAAUGAGACAUACAGCAAGAGGCCUCAUGUGUUUUACUUCUUGUGAUCUGUUAAAAGUAAGUAACAGCACGACAAGAGCACUCAGUAUUUUUCUUGUUCUUACCUGCAGGAUUGUGCUUCACAUCUGAAGUGUGUUUUUUUUUUCUUUUCUUUUUUUUUUCCCUCAUCACCUGUUGAAGACGCAGAGAAUGUUGCUCAGGUUGAUUUAUUGCAGCAAAAGCCUCUCCUGAAUGUGUUCAACCGCCAACUAUGUUCUCCCUCUGAGGAGAACCUGUGAGGUAGCAGCUACGCCAGGCAGGCUGUGUGGGGGAGUGUCCAUGCCAACUAAUUUCCCUGGAGUCAGGCCUCAUGGAGCUCCUCAGGACACAGAGAUGGAUGUGGCUUGGCAGGAGCUGAUGGCCAUCACAGAGUUGCAGGAGUUUGAAGUCCCCAGUGAAGGUUCCUAUGAAACAACACAGUACCAAACCAUGGAGCCGAUGGCCCCUGUGGGAGAGUACGGGAUAUCUCAGCCGCAUCCCGAGCCGCCUCCUCCUCCUCCUCCUCCUGCUGCUGCUGCUUGUGAACUGAACGCUGCUGGCACUUAUGAUGGAUGUUACUCUGAAGAGGUGGCCGCCUGUCAUCGUCUAGGCAGCAACACAGAGGCGAUGUACGGAAACUCUGAAUCUCAGCUGGCUCAAAGAAUGCUCCCCAUCUCUCACGCUCAGCCCUCUCUCAUGGCGCUUCGGGAACCGAUGAACAUGUCAGGUACCAGCCAAGGGCACAGGAGAGCCAACGCCUGUCUCUCUCAGGGUUUAAGUCGGCACAUGCUGUGGACUACACAUGGACAAAGCGCACAUGCUCGCUCAGCUGAUGAUAUGGAGUCGGACUCUGGUCUGUCUCUGGGUUCUAGCCCACCUUUGGCCUCCCCUGAUAACCCUGUAGGUGGUGCACCAGGCUACCAGAGCGUAGACAUAGGCAUGACAUAUAGUGAUGGUGAACCCGACAGCAUGAACGAGCAUGCCAGAAGAGCACACAUCCAUUACUCUAUGGAUUACCAGAGUCAAUCUCACUCAUAUUUACAUUCAGGUGCACAGCCAUCUUAUUUUUCACCACAACCCAGUUUAUCUCAUAUACAACAAAGCAGUCUGACUCUUCGGUCAGUGAAACAACAGGGUCCUGCUGCUGCUGCUGCUGCUGCUUUGAGUGACCUGUACAAUGAUUCUGCAAUGUCCAGCAGAGGGAGCUCACAGCAUAACAUGUAUAUAAAACCACAAACGAGCAUCUCUACUCCUGCACCGCUGAGCAGAGAUGAACGGCGGGCCAUGGCUUUGAAGAUCCCCUUCCCCAUGGAAAAGAUUAUCAAUCUACCUGUGGAUGACUUCAAUGAGCUUCUGACACAGUACACUCUGACAGAUACUCAACUCGCGCUGGUCAGAGACAUUAGACGGAGAGGGAAGAACAAGGUGGCAGCUCAGAACUGCAGGAAGAGGAAGCUGGAAAGCAUAAUACACCUUGAAAGAGAACUGAAUCAGCUGCAGACCCAGAGAGAGCACCUGGCACAGGAAAGGCUUGAAUUCCAGCGCAGCUUGGCUUUCAUUAAAUGUCGACUUACAGACCUCUACACAGAAGUAUUUUCUCACUUACGAGACGAAGAUGGACAACCGUACUCAAUAGAUGAAUAUUCUCUCCAACAGACACCUGAUGGUAAAAUAUAUUUGGUACCUCAAAUGCAAAAGAGAGAGCAAUGCUUAAGAAUUGGGAAUAGUGUCAUUAUUUAUACUUCCUAAUGUGUACUCCCUGACUGUGCCAACUGAGAAUACUUUUAAGUAGCUGGAAGUCACAUGUUUAGUUCAUAUGGUUAUGUCUUAUCCAUGAUGUUAAACUUGUCAUUCGUGUAUCAGUGGACACUUUAAUGCUUUUUCAAUUGACUGAAACUACACCAGAAUGUUUUAUAAAAAAUACUUUAUUAAAAAAAGUCUUUAAAAAAACAAAAAAAUACACUGCACAGCAGUCAUCCAUCGAGUUAAAAAA